AUGACCACUCGUGGUCUUCACGUUUCUAAGCCUGCUAUGCAAGUUAUGGCUACCAACCCUCUUCGCGCCAAAGAGGCUUCCGGACCUAUUGCAAGCAAAUAUCCUGUUAUUGAUCACGAAUAUGAUGCCGUCGUCGUUGGUGCUGGUGGCGCCGGUCUUCGUGCAGCUUUCGGUCUUGCUGAAGCUGGUUUCAACACAGCUUGUAUCACUAAGCUGUUCCCUACUCGUUCUCAUACCGUCGCUGCUCAAGGUGGUAUCAAUGCCGCUCUUGGUAACAUGACAGAAGACGAUUGGAGAUGGCACAUGUACGAUACUGUCAAAGGUUCAGACUGGCUUGGUGACCAGGACGCUAUUCACUACAUGUGUCGUGAAGCUCCCAAUACUGUCAUCGAACUCGAACAUUACGGUGUGCCUUUCUCCAGAACUCCUGAAGGCAAGAUCUAUCAACGUGCCUUUGGUGGUCAAAGUUUGAAGUUCGGCAAAGGUGGUCAAGCUUACCGUUGUGCUGCUGUGGCCGAUCGUACUGGUCAUGCUAUUCUUCACACCUUAUACGGUCAAUCCCUUCGUCAUAGCACCAACUACUUUAUCGAAUACUUCGCUCUCGACUUGAUCAUGGAAGAUGGCGAAUGUAAGGGUGUUAUUGCCUUGAACAUGGAAGAUGGUACCCUUCACCGUUUCAGAUCUCACAAGACCGUCCUUGCCACUGGUGGCUACGGUCGCGCCUACUUCUCUUGUACUUCUGCUCACACCUGUACUGGUGACGGUAACGCCAUGGUCGCUCGUGCUGGUCUUCCUCUUCAAGAUUUGGAAUUUGUCCAAUUCCACCCUACUGGUAUCUACGGCUCUGGCUGUUUGAUCACUGAAGGUUCUCGUGGUGAAGGUGGAUACCUUGUCAACUCUGCUGGUGAACGUUUCAUGGAACGUUAUGCUCCUACCGCCAAGGAUUUAGCUUCUCGUGACGUUGUCUCUCGUGCUAUGACUAUGGAAAUCAAGGCCGGUCGUGGUGUUGGUGCCGAAAAGGAUCACAUCUACCUCCAACUUCACCACCUUCCUGCCUCUGUUCUUAAGGAACGUUUGCCCGGUAUCUCUGAAACCGCUGCUAUUUUCGCUGGCGUUGAUGUUACAAAGGAACCUAUUCCUGUCUUGCCUACUGUCCACUAUAACAUGGGUGGUAUCCCUACUCGCUACACUGGUGAAGUUCUCACUGUCAAUGAAAAGGGUGAAGAUCAAGUUGUCCCUGGUCUCUAUGCUGCUGGUGAAGCUGCCUGUGUCUCUGUCCACGGUGCUAACCGUUUGGGUGCUAACUCCUUGUUAGAUAUUGUUGUCUUUGGUCGUGCUGUUGCUCACCACAUUGCCGACACUCUUGAACCCAAUACCCCCUUGAAGCCUUUUGCUGCUGAUGCCGGUGCUGACACCAUUGCCAACUUGGAUAAACUCAGAAACGCCAGCGGGCCCAAGCGUACUGCUGAAAUUCGUCUUGCCAUGCAGAAGGCCAUGCAAGCUGAUGCUGCUGUCUUCAGAACUCAAGAGACUCUUGAUGAAGGUUGUACCAAGAUUGACAAGAUCUGGCACUCAUUCAAAGAUGUUGGUGUGACCGAUCGUGGUAUGAUCUGGAACACUGAUUUGGUUGAAACCUUGGAACUUCAAAACUUGUUGACCUGUGCCUCACAAACUAUGCACGCUGCUGCUGUUCGUAAGGAAUCCCGUGGUGCCCACGCACGUGAUGACUACCCUGAUCGUGAUGAUGAAAACUGGAUGAAGCACACACUCUCUUGGCAAGACCAAGAGACUGGUGAAGUUAAGCUUGAUUACCGUGGUGUUACCGCCACUACUCUUGAUGAAGCUGAAUGCAAGCCUGUUCCUCCUUUUGCUCGUGUUUACUAA